GCUUCGCCUUUGUCAUCUCAUCUCUUGCUUCCGUUGAUAAAAAAAAAGAAUGAAGCUAAACGAGUCAAGAGGUGGUGAUGAAACAGAGAAGCACAGGCAACAACAACAUUUCGAACACGACCUAAAGAACAUGAUCUCUUCGUUAACCCACAUGGGAGGAGGAGGAGGAGACAAGGCACAUGCAGGAACGAGCCAAUACGAAGAAGAGGAGGAUAGCAUCAGGGUCAUCACGCUUUCUGGAUCAAACCUUGGAGCCACCAUGAAGACCGAGCUUGACAACAAUCAUGCAGACGGCCAUAAGAAUGGAGAUCAAGAGCUUGAUUUUUUUAGCACUUACGUUAAUAGCAACUUCCAAGCUGUUAACAAUUCGAUUAUGAUAGGGGCCAAGUACGAGACUCAUGAUCCUGGUGUUCAUCUUGACAUCUCGGGUGAUGUGGAGAAGCCUUCGAUGAAGGUACCCUCGAAGAGUUCAAGGGGAAAGAAGGGUAAAAAUCCGUCAAGAAGUGACCGUCGAGAAUCUGAACAUACAAAUUGAAUGGUAUGGAAUGGUGUCUUAAUGGACAAAGCAAUUUGAUUGGCUUCAGUAUGUAUUCUCUUUUUUUCUUUUUAAAUUUCUUGUCUUACCUUCUCUAAAUAAUCAGAGAAGUGGUGCAUACUAAAGCACUUUACUUUCUCUUCGAGGUUGUUGUUUUCGCUUGCGCUUAUUACUAUAUAACAUGUUAUAUAUGUAGUUUAUUCAUAAUAUAAAUAAGUGUAUGAAGCAGGGUGUGGUCGAUACA